UUAACGAGUUAACGACGAACAUAAAACAUUUAUUAUUAUUUUAUUUCAAGUUUGAAAUUAUCAUACAUAAUUUUAUCAUUUCAUAAACAUCAAAUUUGAUUGGAAUGUUGACUCGUAUGAGAUCCUUCUCAACUGAAGCCUUAAAGGUUGUCAACAAUGUUGCUAGGCAACAGUUUGUAGUAUCACUACAAUCCGCAGAAGCGACAAUUGACUAUGAAAAGAGUGGCAGGAGUAUAACUUUCAUUCAUACAAAUGUACCUCAACAAUUUCAAGGAAAAGGUGUUGGAAAAAUAUUAGGAAAGUAUGCAUUUGACUACGCCUUGGAUAAUAAAUUAGAUGUGAUAUGCAAGUGUCACUUUCUUGCUAAAUACUACAAUGAUAAUAAAAUUAAUUACAAAGGACUUAGUGUCAAUAUUCAACUAGAAUAGUACAAAUAUAAAUUAAUAUAUAUACCACUGCUGGGUACAGAGCUUCAUAAGAAAGUUAUGGAGUAAUUAUUAUAAUAAAUUAUUAAUUAUGGAUAUGGAUCUUAUUUGGUAUCGUUGCAAUAUUCAAUAUUAUUUAAGAGAAAAAUGUUAUGGUAAAGUAAGAAAAAUAGCUAAACAGGCCCUGUUACAGUAUGCUGAUUCUGCCGAAUUUAUAUUUUAUCAUGGAAUAACAAAUGUUCUUGAAGGUCAAUCACAAAAGGGUAUAAAUGAACUCACUCCACUUCAGUCUGAUAAGAAAUUUCAACAUGCUGCCUUAAUAGCUAUUAUUUAUGGUUAUAAACUCCUUAGUGCUACAGAAAGAGAUGAUGUGUACAACUUUGAAACAAAAUUAAAAGAAGAAAGGAAACAGGCAACUGCUGUUUCACUUUACUUUGCUGGAAUGUUUCUAUCACUAGCAGAGAAGUAUGAUAAGGCAUCUGAAUACAUUAAUAAAUCGCUAAGAAAAGACUCUAAUAACUUAGAUGCCAUAACUUUAAAAGCUUUGAAUGAAAUGUAUACAAAUGUAGGAAAAGUUCACUCAUCUAUUUUAGAUAACUUAGAAUUUGCUUUAAACAAAAAUGACAAAAACGUUGAAGCUGUACUUGGAUUAGCUAAAUUUAAAUAUUUUGCUAAAGAUUAUGAUGGGUCCAACUUGACAUUAGAUAGACUUAUAGUAAGCAGCCCAGGACAAGUGGUACCGCUUAUAGAAAAAUUGAGAAACGACUUUGCCAUGCAGAAGUGGGAAGCAGUUUAUGAUACAGUGGAAAGGAUAUUAAAUUAUGAUGCUAAUAAUGUUGAAGCCCUUAAAAUCAGAAUAUUUAUAGCACUGUGCAAGAAUUCCGAUUACAUAGAAGCAGUUGACCAACUGAAUAGUUUCUUUACAGUACUAGAAAAUGAGGAAAAUAAUAAUGGCUACCAAUUCUACAACACAGCACAAAUAUUUUCCAGAGUUUGUGGCAGAUCAAGUGCAGUCCUUUCCCAAGUAUACAGAUUCGCACAGUAUGCCUCAGAGAUGUAUUCCAAUAAUGUUGAUUAUCUGAGUGAGGUGGGCUACCAGUGCUUACUUCAAGGCAAAAUAAAGGAUUCACAUAACUUUUUUAAAGCUGCCAGUAAAAUAGAUAGCAAUUCUAUAACCGCUUUGUGUGGUUUGACUCUUUGUCAAAUGUUUGAAAAUGGUCCUAAUGAGCAGAUUGCACAGCAAGUUGAAUUAUUGUUAGAAAUGCAAGGCAAUGAAAAAUUACCUAUUUUGUAUCUUUUGUCUGCUCAAUUGAAUGCCACAAAUGCUAAUGCAAUACCAUUUCUAAAUAAUGCUUCAUCAACUCAAAUAUCAUUGGCUGAACAAUAUCCGUUCAGCUUAUUGUAUGUUAAAAACCUAGAUCCUGAUUUUUUAUUACAACUUUACAAAGAGUAUAAAAAACAUUUACCUAAGAAACCAUUUGUUAUAACCAGCUACUUAUUGUACUCUCAAGAAGGGAACAGUGAUUUAGUGAGCAAGUGUUUCAAGCUUUUAGAAACAAUAUAUAAAGCAUGCCCUGGUUUGAUACCAGCUUUGUAUGAGUUAGCUAAACUAAAGUUUUUAUUUGGGUAUGUACAUGACGCUCAAAAGCUGGCCCAACAGAUUACUGAUUUGGACAACACUCAUGCUGGUAGCCAGGUUCUUUUAGCCCAAAUUUAUGUUCAACAACAGGCAUUUACAAAAGCGGCCCAGUGCCUUGAGAUGUGUUUGAGUUACAACUUUAAAGUAAGGGACAGUGCAAUGUAUCAUUUUCUCACUGGAGUCAUUUUAAAAAAUGUCAAUGAACUACAAGAUGCUCUUUCAAGUUAUACCACUAGUCUUCAAAUACUUACAUCUAAAAAUACUGUAAGCAAUGUUAAUCGCUCCUAUGAAAUGGAUUUAAAUAUAAUAGACAAGGCCACUUUAUAUCUGGAAAUUAUAGAAGUACAAAGCACUUUGGGUCAAUUUGGUGAAGCAGGAAAAACUAUGCAGGAAGCAAUACAAGAAAUAGCAUACACUUCAGAAGAAGGCAGAUUGCUCAUUGCACGAGCUGACUUAGCACUCAAGAAAGGUGACAUUGAUAAUGCAAUUGACAUACUGAACGAAGUAAAACCAGGUCAACCAUAUUACUUUCAAGCUCAUAGCAAAAUGGCUUAUAUAUAUUUGAAAGAAAAGAAAGAUAGAACUAAGUUUACUGCAUGCUACAAAGAAAUUGUCAGCAAUCAGCCUAUGAGUGAUGCCCACACAAUGAUGGGUGAUGCAUUUAUGUCCAUACAUGAACCCAUGCAAGCAGCAGAUUCGUAUGAAAUGGCGCUCAGAGGAAACCCAAAAGACAUUCAAUUGGUGAAAAAACUUGGCACAGCACUCGUUAAAAUGCAUGACUAUGACAAAGCAAUUCAACAUUAUGAAAAUUCUAUUAAACUUUUGAACGAAGACGAAAUUAAGUUCGAAUAUCUCGAACUUCUUAUCAAACUUAAACAGUAUGACAAAGUUGACACGACAAUAUCGAGUGACCUCAAUCAAUUGUUCAAUAAAGGCAAAGAUAUCGCAACUUUAAAAAGGCGUAUCCGCCUUCUUCUUCUACAAUCAAAGACCCGAGAAUUGAAAAACCCAACUGCUGGGAACACUCAUUUAAUUCUCACAGAAGCGAAAGAUCUACAAAUCGCAAUUGUGAAAAGGGUAGAAAUAGAUUCUAGAGGUGAUAUCCAAGAAGAAAAACAGCAUUUGGCAUAUAUUCUUUGUUUGUUGGCCAAGGCAAAAUCUCUGAAAGAGCCUGGUGUGGCGGCAAGUUUGUAUUCCGAAGCUCUGAUUCACUCGCCAAGGGAUGCCAAUACAUUGCUGGCUUUAGCCAAGUUGUAUGCGUUUAUGAACAACCCGGAGAAAUGCGAACAGACCUGUGCCGUUCUUUUGAACACAGAUCCUAACAACGAAUCAGCGGCGGUCAUGAUGGCGGACUUGGCCUUCCGAAAGGUAGAUUUCGAGACCGCACAGCGACAUUUAAACCAGAUCUUAUCCGUGAAACCAAUGAGUUGGGAGGCGUUAGCUCAGUUGAUUGAAGUUCAGUGGCGUCGGGGUAAGCUCGUUGAAGCUGAGCAGGCGUUGGAGACCGCUAAAAAUUCUCUGGAAAAUCUGGAUGAUCCAGGGUACAACUACUGCGCCGGGCUGUGGUCGGUGUACUCGGGGCAGGUGAACGCAGCGCUGCGGCAGCUGAACGUGGCGCGGCGCGCUGCGCCGUGGUCGCGCAGCGCUGCGCGCCGCAUGGCGCUGCUGUGUCUGUCGCAGCACGCGCACGACCCGCACCAACAUUCGGAAACAAGGCUUUUAGCCUUAAAAACUGCUGAGAAGCUCCUUACAGAGAUAGAACCUGCUGAAAAGAAGUCGCUUCAAGCCUUACUACAGCUAGCUAAUAAACAGAAGUCGCAAGCUGAGAAAGUUCUACAAGACUUACUACCACUCGCUACUGAAGACGGUUACCAAGAUGAUCCAUAUUUAAUACUGGCCAUCGCUAACGCGUACAAUAUAAUAAAACAGCCGACUCGAGCAAAGAAUAUUUUAAAACGCACAAUAUCAUCAAUACCUUGGACACCAGAAAAAUCAGAUGGACUUGAAAGAUGCUGGCUAGAAGUCGUCGACGGACAAAUCAACUCUGGGAGGGUAGACGCCGCCAAAGAAUUACUUACAAAAAUUUUGAAUCACAACAACUCUUGCGCUACUGCGUAUCAGUAUUUAGGAUAUUUAGCAGAAAAAGAACAAAACUACAAGAGCGCUGCACAUAAUUAUGAUAACGCGUGGAUUCACACCGGGAAAACAGAUCUUGCAGUAGGCUAUAAACUGGCGCACGCCUAUCUUAAGCUGAAGAAGUACCCGGAGUGCAUAAUCGUAUGCCGACAUAUACUCAAGGUCCACCCCGAAUAUCCAAAGAUAAAGAAGGAAAUCAUGGAAAAGGCAAAAGCUAAUUUAAGGACAUAGAUUUCAAUAUUGUUUCAAAAAAAUCAUGCAACUACAAAUAAAUUUCUAUGGGAAAACAUAUUUUUGUUUUCUUUUUAGAACCCUUAUUUUUCCUAUAAAUACCCCAAGCACGGCGUAUCAAUUAUCUAGUGUUACCAGAUAUUAUGUAUUCUUAUGUAGUGUUACCAGAUAUUAUGUAUACUUAUCUAGUGUUACCAGAUAUUAUGUAUACUUAUCUAAUGUUACUAGAUAUUAUGUAUACUUAUCUAGUGUUACCAGAUAUAAUGUAUACUUAUCUAGUGUUACCAGAUAUAAUGUAUACUUAUCUAGUGUUACCAGAUAUUAUGUAUACUUAUCUAGUGUUACCAGAUAUUAUGUAUUCAGAUUAUGUACAUUAUAUGGAUUUUUUUAUAGGAUGGAAAUAAAACAACUGUGUAUAACAUGCUGAAAUAUAUUUAUUUCAAAUU